CAUUGAGUCAAGUUAAUGUUCCACAAAUUAAGCACGCCAACUUUGCGAAGCAAUGAAAGCUUCUGUGAAAAAGCCGAAAGCGAAGGCCAAAAAGAACAGCAAAACUGCAGCUGCGCGCGAAGGGCAGAUUGUGCCGAGAGUUAAAAAGCCAGCAAUUCCAGAGCUGCCUAUUACAAAGCUGAUAGCGGAUGCACAGGCUGAUGGAAAGCAAUUAGUGCAGCUUCCCAAAGGAGAAUUGACGCAAAGCAACAGAGUUGUUGUACACUCCUCCAUUCUGCUCGAGGCAUCUCCAGGCUCGUUACUCCCUCCGACACUGCAUGUGCCAGGCAUUGUGGUGACAGGAGAAGCAUCUUUAACUUUGCGACAUGUUUGCAUCAAAUUCAAAGGCGGCCCGCCCAGUGGAGAAACACUCAUAGAAGUUCGAUCUGGGGCUCGAUUGGAGCUGAUAGAUUGUCAUUUGGACGGAGCUGGAGUGAAGGUAUGCCCUGAUGCGUUUGCUCAUUUAACCCGGACUCGAGUUUAUAAGUCAAGCUCAUGUGGGAUUUCUGCUUUUGAUUCGGGAGAGCUUGUCUUACGGGAAUGCGAGAUCAUGGAUUGCGAGGGAGAAGGUGUACAUUCAACCUCAGGGAAACGGCUUUGCAUUUCCGACAGCAGAAUGGCUCGGAACACACUCAGUGGUGUUCUCGUAGAUGGAAAACCGGGAGAGGCCAAACUUACCGGGUGCACUUUGUGUGAGAAUGGGCAUUUUGGCAUUUGGGUGGAUUCGGGUUGCUCCGUAUCAUGGCAGCGAAAUGCACUAUCUGGCAACAUGCUAGGUGACACUGGUGGACGCGGAUCAUUGGAUGGAGAAGUCAAGACCUUCAAGGUUGGAGACGCAUGCUCCGUGUGGUGCGAGGACAAGGCUGUGUGGCUCCCUGGAAUAGUCUCCAAAGUUUUGGACGAUAGUUUCAUUGUUUCAGCGGAGCUGCCAGACAAGCUGGAGGUGCGAAUGGAGGCAAUGCAACAGCGGAUCAGGAAGAAGACCAAAGCAGCGCAGAAAGGACGACAGAUCGAGAUUAAGGCCCGGGAUGACUCCAUACGACUACCCAGCGGUGGAGACGAACCUCCCAGUUGGUCCAAAAAGCUGAAAACAUACAAGCGAAGACAAAAUGCCUUCAAUCUUUUUCUGCGUGAGGGUGGCAGAAGUACUCCCGCAUGGAAAGCACUGGAUCCAAACGAGCGGACAAAAUACCAAAUGCGUGCAAGGAAGUUGGACAAAGACAAAGAGAAGGAGCUGACAAAGGCUGAUAAGCCUCAGACAAUUAUCCAAAGUAAUCAGCUGGUCAAGUCCAUUGCUAAACACAAGCGUGGACAGAGCCAAGCUUAGGCUGCUCAGGCAAGUCUCACUUGGCCUGGUAAGCAGUACAACCAUGUACAAUCAUGUAAUUCAAUGUUUACAAUAUGCAAAUGCCAUGAAUGCGUCAUAAUAAAUUCAGGCUACAGACCGUGUGACUCGAUCCAAAGUCCUGAAAAAUCAAGUGCUUGAUGCGAGA